AUGGACUAUAGACUUCAUAGUGUAAAAGUCUAUGUCAUGGUGGAAGACAAGCGGUGGAAAGACAUAGGUGCAGGACAAAUUUCAUUCAAAUACAUCGAACGGCUCCAGGGUGUGUGCCUUCUUGUUCACUCAGAAUCAGAUGGCUUGCCAAUUAUGGAGUGUAAGAUACAUCCUAACGUGCCCUAUCAGAAACAUCAAGAGGAGGUAAUCAUUUGGUCUGAAGCUAAGAACCACGGUAUGGCAAUACAUUUCCAGGAACCAAAUGAUUGUCAAGAGAUCUGGGAAGUUAUCUGCCAAGUUCAAGAUAAAGAUCCAACUGUAGAAAUCACACAAGAACUUAGUGAUGAUCUAGAAAAUUUUGAAAAUGUGCCUUUAAGCUGGAAUCAGGAUGAGAUGUCAAGCUGUGAAAUCAACACACUUGAAAACAUUGCAGAGCUAUUUCCUUUUGUCUUUGAAAUGCCAAGGCAGAAGGAAAAGCUGGCGCUGGUCUUAGAAAAUGAAGGUUACAUUAAAAAAUUGCUACAGCUGUUCAACACUUGUGAAAAACUGAAGAACAUGGAAGGCUUAUACUAUUUGCAUAAUAUUGUUAAAGGAAUCCUGUUUCUAAAUGAUGCACGUUUGUUUACCAUCAUGUUUUCCGAUGAAUUUUUCAUGGAUGUAGUAGGAUGCCUUGAAUAUGACCCUGCUUUGGAUAAGCCAAAGCGGUACAGGGAAUUCUUGAUUCAAAAUGCAAAAUUCAAGGAAGUUAUGCCAACAAUACACUCCCGACUUCGGCAAAAAAUACAACAGACCUACAGAAUGCAAUAUGUUCAUGAUAUUAUGUUGCCUACACCAUCCAUAUUUCAAGCAAAUCUUCUUUCUGAUAUUACCACUAUGAUUUUUUUCAACAAAAUUGAAAUAAUUACCAUGCUUCAGGAAGAUGAAAAUUUUUUGCUCGAAGUUUUUGCUCAGUUAAAAGAUAACACUGUAGGUGAUGAGAGACGGCAUGAAUUAUUGUUAUUCUUUAAAGAAUUCUGUGCAUUUGCUAAGAUUUUACACUGUCAAAAGAAAAAUGCAUUACUGAAAACAUUAAUAAAACUAGGAAUCAUGAGUGCUCUUAAAGUUGUAGUGCACAUGCAUGAUUACCAAAUACAAGUAGCUGCUCUAGAACUAUUUGCUUAUCUAGUAGAAUAUAGUCCAUGCCUAGUCAGAGCAUAUGCAAUGGAAGAAGCUCAGGACAGUGAAGAUAACGAUGACCUUAUCCUUAAUAUAAUGAUCAAACAAAUGAUCUAUGAUUCUGAUCCUGAGUUUUCACGUGGCAUCAUUUUGACAACAGUUUUCCAUGUUCUUCUUGAUCCAGAAAAUAUGCACGACACAGCAAAGGGAUGUGAAAGAAAGAGAUUUCUGAAUUUCUUCUAUAAACGGUGCAUGAGGAACCUUAUAGCACCAAUAUUGUCUACCACAGUGCAAAAUGACAGUAAUUAUGAUAGGGCUAACAUCCACCCUGAUAAUUAUCAAAAUGCACAAUUACUUGGAGCAGUUUUAGAAAUACUCACAUUUUGUGUGCAAUACCACUCAAUGUACAUAAAACAUUAUAUUUUGAGCAAGAACUUGCUCAGCAGUAUCUUGGUACUGAUGAGUUCCAAGCAUAUAUUUUUGAUUUUGUGUGCUGUCCGUUUUAUGAGAAAGAUGAUUGGCCUUAAAGACAAAAUUUACAGUCUUUACAUAAUUAAGGAAAAUCUUUUUGAACCAGUUGUAAAUGCUUUUAUGCAUAAUGGACAUCGUUACAAUAUGUUAAAUUCAGCUAUUAUUGAGCUAUUUGAAUUUAUAAGAAAAGAAAACAUCAAGUCUCUCAUUGUAAACAUUGUGGAAAAUUUUUUUAUAGCUUUUGAAUCAAUUGAGUAUGUCCAGACCUUUAAAGGUUUGAAAACUAAAUAUGAAGAAGAGAAGAGAAAAAGUCAAAUAAAAAGGAAUUUACAUAAUAUAAUAUAUCCAAAAAUAUAUUACAGUCGUAUCAAUGUUAUGGAGGCCAAAGUCCAGGCAGACAUAUGUUGUAGAGGAAUCACAGAAGGAAGAGAAGUUACUCAACCAAGGAGAAGUGACUUUCCAAGUCAUUACGAUAUAUUUAUGAAAAAUAAAGACACAAAUGUAAGUGAAAAUAAAAUAGAACGACCCAAAAGAAAAUCAUCUGAAGCCUUUGAAUGUUCUCCAUCUCUUGGUGAUACUUCUGUUAAAAGAAUGGGUAGGUCACACUGUAGCAGUCUUGUUCCUUUAGUGGAUUACCCAUAUGAUACUGAUGGUGAGAGUGAUGAUGAUCCUUACAGUAAUAAUAAAGGGGAAGAGGAAGAUGAUGAACCCCCGAUAAAAAUACCUAAUCUUAGUACAUGA